AUGGCAAUGGCAAACAACAAAACACAAUGUUUUACAUGCAAUAUAGAAAAAAUAACAUAUCUUUGCGACGGAUGUUCAAAAAGAUUCUGCUUAACUCAUUUACCAGAACAUCAACAAUUAUUAAAUGAAGAAUUAAGUCAUAUUGCUAAUGAAUAUAAUGAAUUUAAACAAAUAAUUAAUGAACAAAAACAAAAUCUACAAAAUCAUUCAUUAAUAAAACAAAUUGAUCAAUGGGAAACAAAUUCAAUUGAGAUAAUUCAACAAAAAGCACAAAACUGUAGAGACAUUGCCAUUAAAUAUUCACGAAGAUUCAUUACAGAUAUUGAAAAUAAAUUGAAUGAUUUAAAUGAACAAAUAAAAGAAAUUCAUCAAGAAAAUGAAUUUAAUGAAAUUAAUCUAAAUUAUUUAAAAAAUCAAUUAAUAGAAAUUAUAGAAGAAUUAAUUAAUCUAUCAAAUAUUUCUAUUCAAAAAGAUACACAAUCAUUUAUUAAUGAAAUUUCAAUUAUUUCAUCGAUAAAACCAAAAUUUAAUAAAUGGAAACAAAAUGCCAUCACUGUGGCUGGUGGAAAUGAUUCCGGACAAGAACUAAAUCAAUUCCGUUGCCCUACUGGAAUCUUCAUUGAUAAAAAGAAAAAUGUUUUCAUUGCUGAUAGUCUGAAUCAUCGUAUUGUUGAAUGGAAAUAUAAUGCAAAAGAAGGGCAAAUCAUUGCAGGUGAAAAUAGAUAUGGAAAUCAAAUGGAUCAAUUGAGUUGUCCAGCAGAUGUUAUUUAUGAUCAACAAAAUCAUUCAAUCAUCAUUGCUGAUCAAGGGAACAGACGAGUGAUUCGAUGGAUGAAUAAAAGUCAACAAAUUCUCGUUCAUAAUAUUGACUGUAAUGGUUUGGCAGUUGAUAAAAAUGGUUUUCUUUAUGUUUCUGAUCGUGAGAAGAAUGAAGUGAGACGAUGGAAAAUGGGUGAAUACAAUGAAGGAAUUGUAGUGGCUGGUGGAAAUGGACAAGGAAGUAAACUCGAUCAACUCAAUCUUCCCUGUUCCAUCUUUGUUGAUGAAGAUCAAUCUGUUUAUGUGUCCGAUGAAAAAAAUGAUCGUGUGAUGAAAUGGAGAAAAGAUGCAAAAGAAGGAAGAGUUGUGGCUGGAGGAAAUGGUCGAGGAGAAAAUCUCAAUCAGUUGUUUGCACCUGGAGGAGUAAUUGUUGACUAUUUGAGCCAAAUCUAUGUGGUAGAUUGGGGAAAUGAGCGAGUAAUGCGUUGGUGUGAAGAGAAAGGAGAAUAUGAAAUUGUUGUUGGUGAAAACGGUCAAGGAAAUCAAUCAAAUCAAUUGAAGGGUCCCUUUGAUUUAUCUUUUGAUGAUGAAGGAAAUCUUUAUGUUGCUGAUUGUUCAAAUUAUCGAAUUCAAAAAUUUGAAGUAGUUUUAUAA